UGGCGAAGGAGGUACUCCUCCCCGCACAUGGGCCUCCCGUGGGUCGUAUAUCCAUCGAGACGUAAGCCAGUCGGUGAAAGUAAAACCCAAACGCGCGCAGGUCGUAUAUCCUGCCCCUGCUUCCCGCCUGUGCCCUCGCCCCCUCCGCUAUAUAUGGGGCUGCCAUGCCAUCCCGGUACCGGCCACAAAAAUCCCCAGACUUUUGAAGGCCAAACCACCAACUCCCCCCUUUUCUUCCUCCUCUCGUGCGACCGAGGGGAUCGUCGAUCGAUCGAUGGCGACAAUGGGCGUGGGCGGAGCGGUGAAGAUGAUCAUCGGGGCGAAGGAGGAGCGGGUGGUGGGCACGGGCAAGGCGCCCGGCGCGUGCCCGUCCUGCGGCGGCCCGGUGGUGGCGACCGACGUGGAGAGCGAGCGGCGCAUCCUCUGCCUCCCGCUGUGCCUCAAGAGCAAGCGCAAGUACUCCUGCACCAGGUGCUUCCGCCGACUCGUCACCGUCUACGGCUAGAAGAAUCCAAGCCUCCGCUCCUAUCAAUCGAUCCAUCCAUCAACUAGCGUGCGCAGUAGAACAAUCCCCGAGUUCUUUGGUUCUUGUUAGUUGGCCGUGGUUACGGUCCUAGAGUAGCUUGCUAGCCUGGCUAAUGUAAUUCAUUCGUCUAAUUUCCAGUAGCCAUAUCUAGCUAAUCUGGUGGGCGUGCAUCAUGUGAAGGGCUGCAAAACUCCCAGCAACCUCUCUGUCAAUGAUGGCGGGGCACCUCCGCGUUAAUGCGCAGGCCAGUAAAUGGAAAUCUUGAACGCGCCAGCUCCUCCUUCCUGAUUAAGUUUUUUUUGAGUAA